CCGGGAGCGUGCCAGUGCACUGCUAGCAAGAAUUUGGGUGGUUGAGUUGUUGCAUCAAGCUGAACGCGUGUCGGGCAUUUGCCGUGCUCUAAAUCGUUUAUUUCACGACAGUGAAGUGUCAUGAGUGAGGUCGAGUAUCUUCGUGGAUUGGAAGGCUUACUGAACGAGCUGUUCUCUCAGGAUUGCAGCAAUGAACGGAAACGGGAGAUCGAACAAAUUCUCAGCCAGUUUCAACAGCAGUCUGGAUCGUGGCGCUACUGUCUUUACUUUCUUAAGCAGUCACGUAAUCACUUUGUUCUUAUGUUUGCACUGAAAGUGUUGGAGGAUCUGGUGAACAAAAUGUGGGCAUCUGUUGUUGAUAAAGAUCGACUAGAAGUGCGACAGUUUCUUCUGGACUUUGUAAUGUGGAGCCAUGGUUCAAUGUUAGUAGAAAAUUAUAUACAGAAGAAAGCUAUCAAAGUGGUGGUUGACAUUGGCAGAGCUGAUUGGCCACACAAAUAUCCCGAAUUUUUUAUUAGCAUUAUUCAGCUGAUUCAGGACCCUGACAAGUGUAGCCUUGGCCUUGUAAUGGCAUUGACUGCAUCUGAAGAGUUGGCAACUCCGAGGGAAGAUUUGAGCAUGGCAAGGAAGGAAGAGCUUCACAAAUUGCUACUUGAGAUUGUGCCAAAACUAUUAGCUGUUACUUUGUCUGUUUUGGAGAGAAUUGCUGACAGACAGCGCCAAACAGUGGCAGAAACUCCUCCUUCUUCUCCAGAUAGACUGUCUCAGGCCAUAUCUUGUGAUUCUUCGAUUAAGUUCCAAUUGCCUGCCUCUCAGCAAGAAAGAAAACCACCCCAUCAUUAUGCUCCUUUGGAUGUUCGGUCAGAAGAGUUGAGCAACCAUGCAUUGGAGUGUUUGGUUCACGUGUUUAGUUGGGUGCCACUGGCAACAGCUCUUUCGCCUAGCCUCUUGACUACUAUUUUUCAUUUUGCCACGGUGGGUUGUGAGAUCGGAGUGAAUGCGCAAAGUUCAUCUUGUGCAAAUCUGGGCAGUCUUGCCAUGAGCUGUAUCAAUGAGUUGGUAUCAAAGCACCAGAUUCCGAUAGAGUAUGAAGACUUCCUUGUCACUCUCUUUGUGCAAACGUUUAAUCUUCUUGAAAGAAUCACCGAAGAAGUAAUUCCAGGUUCUAAUGCCAGUGGAGAGCCAGAGAACCUUCUUCGUCAUUUGGAGGACAGCUAUAUUGAGAAGUUCUCUGAGCUGCUUAGAGUGUUUGUCAGUAAUCACUUGAGGCGUGUUGAAUCUAGUGGCUUCUUUUCUAUCCAUGACUUUUUGUCAUUACUGUACAAGUACACUUUUAAACAGCCUUUGUUGGAUGGUUUCUUUAUGUCUCUCGAAAUUUGGGAUGCAUUUCUUGACUACAUCAUUGGAAAAACAGCAAGUCCCAAUUGGCAAGCGUCUGUGGCUGGCACACAUGAUCAAUACAAGGAAGUAGUGCUGUCUCUGGUAGACAGUCUGCUAAAGAAGGCACAGUUUCAGUAUAAUAGUACUGAAUUACAGGAUAUGGAGAAUGAAGGUGAUGCUGAGCAAGAAUCCGAAUGGCAGCACUUCGUAAGUCGAAUUCUUGAUAUUGCUGCUAAAGCAGCUGAACUCUAUGCUGAUGAAGUAAUUCACAUGAUGCUUGCUGUCUUCUCCAACAACGUCAGUGUAUAUGAAGGAAUACAUCACCUAAUUACAGAAAAUGAGCAAGGUCAGUCGCUGCAAGUUGCUACAGCUAAAGAUGCCGAGCAGCUUCAUACAGCUUUAAGAGACCUGACUACAAGCAUCCAGGCUCUUGGGUCUGUUGUUGAUCACUUUAUUGGUGAUCAAUUUAUGAAUCGAUAUGAGCGGGCAUAUGCCUUGGUGGACAAGCUGUGUAAGGUUGUUCUGUACAGCACACAGCAUGCACUUUUUGUGAUUACAACUCCGGUGUCAGAAUUGAUUCAACCAGCUUUGCAGGAUGUGCAUGCACAAGGGCUGGCUACCCUUCGAACAUACUGUCAUUGGUUGUCACAGUUCUAUGUUGAAACUGCUAGGCGACGAGAACAUGAAGACAUGUGUGCUGGUCUCAUUGUUCAGGAAGUUGAUGCUAUAGCUUCUGUUCUAGACAGAGUUGCACCAGAGACAGUUCACAUGGCAGCUGCUGCCUUGCUGGUAUCCCUCUGCACCACUGUGAGACCACAUUACAUUCUAAGCAUGAAGCCGCUACAGUUGAUGCUGAAGAAUGCAGCUUCGGGAUCUCUUGCAGCAUUGCCGUAUCAAGCACAGCUGUUAACGUUCAAAGGACUUUCCAGUGCUUUAGUCAUCCCUUGGCCAGAACUUGCUGAUACCGACCAGCAGUGGGAUGCACGAGCAGCUGAACAUGAAAAGCUUUUGAAGGGGUUAUCACAGCAGUUUCGUCUGAUACAUUCUGUGGAGAGUUUUGUUGGUGACAGAGAUUUACAAGGAAGGGCAGCACCUUUCAUCAAGCGAGCUUUAGCUAUUCUGACUGAAAUACUAGAUGCUGUAAAAUACCAAGGAACGAAGUCAAAACUCAUUGUAUUUCAAGCUGUCCGAGAGCUAAUGGAAUCCUGUUUGGUGUUAUUCACUGUGUACAUCAGACAGCCAGAUGUGAUUGAUUCCAUUAUGACAUUCCUUUUGAUACUUUGUGAUUCCUUGAAAGUACAAGUUGGUCCAAAGUUUAUUGAGAAGACAAUACAGACGAUAAUGAGUUUGUUUACUAGUGAACAGAUGUGCGAGACUGUUGUGAAAGAGAGUGAGAAUGGCUGUCGAGUGAUUGAACGGUUUUUGAGGUUGCUACAGGUAGUGGUUCAGGAACAAGGAAGGGCAUUCAAAGGAUUUCUUCCUAACAUAAUUGCAUUCUGUAUGGAACAGAUCCAUCCAUUGGUUGCUCAUAGAGAUGUUCCUGAUAUCAACUCCGUCAUGUUCGAACUGCUACAAGAUGUACUGGUUCAUCACUGGCGACAUUUCUUCCCCACUUCUGUUCUUCAAAAAGUCAGGAACUCUUCAAGCUUGGAUGAGCCAAUUGAUAAUGAAGGCCAGUUUAUGGUCAUCAUGAAGGCUAUAGGAGAGUCUCUGCUUCGACCUGACAUCACUUUCUUCAAACAGAAUCUGACUGCUCUGGAGAAUCUCAACAGCAAAUGGCGUCUUUACCAUAAGGCGGUUAUCCGCGGUGGCCUUCUUGCCCAGCUUCUCAGCGUGUUGUUGCAUGUAUUGGUAAAGAAAUCUCACGACUUGCUGCGCGAGGAAAUAACCGUCGCUCUGCACAACAUGGCAGCUGUCGACUUCGACCACUUCUACCGUCAUUUCCUGCCACACUUCUUGUGGUCAGAACUGGAAGGGUUGACGGACACUCAGAGGGAGGAGUUGGCGAAAGGAGUCAAUUUGCACAAAGACCUACCGACGUUUACGCAAACUAUACAUCGACUGACCAGCGACGUUCGGUACUAUGUGGUCUGUAAUAGUAGUCUCCCAGCAGGCUCUGUGAAGUUGUAGAAUGGUUGCGUGGGAGAGGAAACUAAAAUGUUGCUGUAAGCGUACUGUACUAUUUUUCUACCGUACGAUUUGUCUUGACGAUAUUAUGAAAUAUAACAGCUGCGCCGCAGUAGGGCAGCUUCGUA